UAUCUAACAGGGGAUUAACAUAAUCAGACAAAUGUUGCAGGCCCCAAUCACCGAAAAUGUCUACUGGAAGAAGCUUGGUCUUCUUUCUUUUGUGUGGAUCUCAUUCCUUAUCCUACAGGUUUUGAAGCAAAACUACACAUCGACCUGUUCCCUAUGGUAUUGGAUUCUGAACUUGCUUCAGGUCCCUGUAUCUUUGGGAGUAUCAGGUUAUGAAGCUGUUAGUUUAUACAGAGGAAAGAGAAUUAUCUCAUCAAAGGGACUGGAAGGGACAGACUUUACAGUCAUUCAACUUGUUUUCUACUGCCUCAUCGGUGUCCUCGCUGGUGUAGUUGGAGGCCUCCUUGGCCUUGGAGGAGGGUUUAUUUUGGGCCCUGUCUUCUUGGAGCUUGGUGUUCCACCGCAGGUCUCGAGUGCUACAGCAACUUUCGCGAUGACAUUUUCUUCGUCCAUGUCUGUUGUAGAAUACUACCUCCUGAAGCGUUUUCCCAUCCCUUACGCAUUGUAUUUUGUGUCUGUGGCAUUGGUGGCUGCCUUUGUCGGCCAGCAUUUGGUUAAGAGGCUGAUCGAAAUACUGGGUAGAGCUUCUCUGAUCAUCUUCAUCCUUGCCUCGACAAUUUUUAUUAGUGCAAUCUCAUUGGGUGGAGUUGGCAUUUCGAACAUGGUUCAAAAGAUCCAGCAUCACGAGUACAUGGGGUUUGAGAAUCUCUGCAAGUAUGAAGCAUAGCAUCAAGAUCUUACGUCCAAAUACUCGGUUAAUCGGGGGGCAGAAGAGAUUACCCUGCAGUGCUCUUCCACCAAUUUAUCGAUGCUUGCAUUCAAUAAAGCUCUUGAAAAUACACUAUUUUGUAGCAUGUUUUCGGAUGUCCUCUUCAGUAAGAUGUUGAGCAACAGUCACCAAUUCGAAGAUGUCUUUUGUGCUGUAACAAAGUAGCCAUAGGAUGGUGAUCUGCAAAAUUUAUUCUUAAUCCCAUUUUUGCAUGUGAUUAGAUUCUCAACUCA